CCUCCCCAGGGCACGUGCGCUCAGGUAGGCUCAGAGCGCGUCUUUACCUGAACGGCUCGGUGGAAGAAAUCGGUUUAAAUUUGUAUUCGAACACUUCAAACGUUUGGAACGCCGUUUUCUUAAAACAUGCCGUUUUGAAAACGUUCUAAACUGUCAUUCAGUUCCAAGACGACCGUUGAGCACGCGGCUAUUUAUACAGGGCUCGGAAGGAAACGGAGGAAACGCGCGCGUCACUUCGCUCCAACAAGUCGCUAAGAAACGGCUCCGCGUUUCCACAGAGCAGCAGCGCCGCUCAGCCUCAGCCUCAGCCCGGAGCCGACAGGAGGCUUAUAUGACGGCCUUUCACACCUGAAACGGCUCGGUGUUGUUCUGGGGUUUGGACUGAACUGUAGGAGAGGAUUUCUGAGCGGUGAACGAUGCGGGCUGAGCUCAGUGGUGUCACCGUCUUCACUGCUCUGCUCCUGAGUGGCCUCACAGUCGGUUCUUCGUUUGCACUCCCGGCUCCUUCCAAUGUGACUAUAACAUGUGACAGUUAUGGUGUAGUGGUGGCCUGGACCUCCUCAGGUCUCAGUGAAAAUGCUUCCUUCACUCUACGACUGAUUUCAAACAAUCCGUCUCCGGACAUUUUCAUCAAUACAAGUAGUCAUCAAUGCAACAUAUCGGAGCUGCUGCAGGAUACAGGGUUCAAUCACUACCUUGUGGAAGUAAAGGCCAGGGAUGGCGAAUACGAAUCACCGUCUGCAGAUUCAAAGAAAUUCUCUUUCAAUCUUCUACAAAAUGCAGACAUUCACUGUAACCUUACGUUCCCUCCGGUUGACUUGAUUCCUGGAGAACGCCAGCUGUUUUUUAGGUUCAGCAACCCUUUACAGGUGUACAGACACACGCCUGCUCUGCGCAACCUCACUGCUGCGGAAAAUCUGCGUUACUCUGUUUUCAACAAGGAGGCAAGAACCGAAAGAACCGAAUACACUAACUUUAUUCCACAGUUUGAGUGCACUCCUGAGUCGAAAACAUGUGAGGGUAACGUGUCAUUCCCGGAAGAGCAAGAGGAAUACUGUGUGGAACUCUCUGGAUUUAUCAGACAAACCAAACUCGAGGAAACAAAACAUCUGUGUUAUCGUGGCAGCCUUAGGCCCAGUGUACCAAUCCCUAUAUACCUCAUUCCACUCUUCAUUUUUCUAGCGUGUUGUGCGUUAUCUUUGGCCUUCUUUCUGGCAAAGGUAAUCAACAGGAAAAUGAAGGAGAGAAGUCUCUCCAAUUUACCAGGCUUUUUGAAGGACAAGAUCCCAAACCUGAUCAAGCCCUUAAUCCCGGAUCCUGAAUGUGUUGAGAAAUAUCUGCAAGUAACACCUGUCACUAUAAUUCCCAACAACGAUGAUAUAUCAAGAAGCUCUAGCCCACCCGACCCUAGACCUCGCUAUUCCUUUGGUCAAGAUGACUUUAGAAAGGAACCAGAAGGCGGUGAGGUGGAAGAAAACCAUACAGGUCCUUACGGUAAUGGAGCAGAGAUGUCAACUGGUGGCUUGUCGUCAGGUUACGACAGACCUCAUGCCCUCAUUGAAAUUAGCCCCGGGGACACUGUGGAUGCCUACACAACUCGAAGGGCUUUGUGAGAUAAUUGAUAGUCUAAAAUCUACUGGAGCUCCAUCUGCUAGGAAGAACAUACUGACAAAAAGACAAAAAAGAAAUUAAACUUUUGGUGGAACUUUGUGAUGCAAAGAUGUAGAUUGUGGGGCUGCAACUGAUGAUCGUUUUACUGGUUUGGACCCUUCCUUCAGCGUGUGAUGGUAGUGUGAGAGACUGAAUGACUGAGGGAAGAGAUCUUGGGAGGAUUUCUGCUUUAAGCUUGAAGGCUGGAACUCCUGUGAGAGAGUCGGUGUCAACAGUUGGGAGACUAAAUCGAGUAGUGUGUCUGUUUUUCGGCCUCCCGAUCACAUUCAGACCAGUCGGAGACCAUCAAAUGUUUGUUUUUUUCCAGCUGACUCUUGAGCAUAAUCUCAACGACUCAGUUACAACAAGCUCCUCCAGCAGCCACUGAAAACUGAGCUCACACAAAAAGAAAAAUAAGAAGAGACAUGCAUAACAAAGCUUUUUAAUGAACUGCGUUUAAUUCAUGUACAUCUAAAACUCUAAAAACUACCACACCAAUCACAUCUUUAUAUCCAUGAUCCUCACUUAAAUGUUUCUUUACUGUGGCAGCACAAACAGAACAGCAGGCGCUCCAUGUUUGUUUAUUUGCGUCUUCCAAUAACACGAGUUUGGUGAGGUUGCUUCGAGUCAGUAAGAGCUUAAAAGUUGUAGUGUGUGAUCUCCAAUAUUUCAGUUGACCAAAAAAAUCUGCAGAAAACAGUCUGAUAGUGUGAGAUGCCCAGUCUUUUUAUAAUCUGUGAGGACUGUAAAAGUCAUGUAGUGUAUCCAAGACUACAGUAGACA